UCCCCUGCGCGCGCGCCGCGCACGCGCCGCGCCGCCGUUUCCGCUUCCGCCCCGACGCGCCGUCACCGUCAGGGGCCGCCGGGCCGGGCCCGGGACCGAGAGCGGGGUGGGAUUCCCGCCAGGGAUCAGGGAUGGCCCUGUCCAAGCGGGAGCUGGACGAGCUGAAGCCAUGGAUCGAGAAGACGGUGAAGAGGGUGCUGGGCUUCUCGGAGCCCACCGUGGUCACGGCCGCCCUCAACUGCGUCGGGAAGGGCAUGGACAAGAAGAAAGCGGCCGACCACCUCAAACCCUUCCUGGAUGACUCCACCCUGCGAUUUGUGGACAAGCUCUUCGAGGCUGUGGAGGAGGGACGGAGCUCCCGGCACUCCAAAUCCAACAGCGACCGGAACCGCAAGCGGGAGCUCAAGGAUGUGUUUGGUGAUGACUCUGAGGUAUCCAAGGAAUCCUCUGGUGUCAAGAAGCGGCGGAUACCGCGGUUCGAGGAGGUUGAGGAUGAGCCUGAGGUCAUCCCAGGCCCGCCGUCGGAGAGCCCGGGGAUGCUGACCAAGCUGCAGAUCAAGCAGAUGAUGGAGGCAGCCACCCGGCAGAUCGAGGAGAGGAAAAAGCAGCUGAGUUUCAUCAGUCCUCCCACACCACAGCCAAAAAUUUCCUCCUCGUCGCAGUCGGAACGUCUCCCCAUCGGCAACACGAUCCAGCCCUCGCAGGCAGCCACGUUCAUGAACGAUGCCAUCGAGAAGGCCCGGAAAGCUGCAGAGCUGCAGGCCCGGAUCCAGGCCCAGCUGGCCCUGAAACCAGGGCUCAUUGGCAACGCCAACAUGGUGGGCUUGGCCAACCUGCACGCCAUGGGCAUCGCACCGCCGAAGGUGGAGCUGAAGGACCAGACGAAGCCCACGCCGCUGAUCCUGGACGAGCAGGGCCGGACGGUGGACGCGACCGGGAAGGAGAUCGAGCUGACCCACCGCAUGCCCACCCUCAAAGCCAACAUCCGGGCUGUGAAGAGGGAGCAGUUCAAACAGCAGCUCAAGGAAAAGCCCUCGGAGGACAUGGAGUCCAACACGUACUUUGACCCCCGGGUCUCCAUAACCCCGGCCCAGCGGCAGAAACGCACCUUCAAGUUCCAUGAAAAAGGCAAAUUUGAGAAGAUUGCCCAGAGAUUGCGAACGAAGGCUCAGCUAGAAAAGCUGCAGGCAGAGAUCUCCCAGGCUGCCAGGAAAACUGGGAUUCACACCUCCACCAAGUUGGCUCUGAUCACCCCUAAGAAGGAGCUGAAGGAGGGGGAGAUCCCGGAGAUCGAGUGGUGGGAUUCCUACAUCAUCCCCAACGGCCUGGAUUUAAAAGGCGGGACGUCCUCCAAGAGAGACGAGUACUUUGGCAUCACAAACCUGGUGGAGCACCCGGCCCAGCUCAACCCCCCCGUGGACAGUGACACCCCUGUGACCCUGGGCGUGUAUUUAACAAAGAAGGAGCAGAAGAAACUACGGCGCCAGACGCGGCGAGAGGCCCAGAAGGAGCUGCAGGAGAAGGUCAGGCUGGGCCUGAUGCCACCACCAGAGCCCAAAGUGAGGAUUUCCAACCUGAUGCGGGUGCUGGGCACGGAAGCCGUCCAGGACCCGACGAAGGUGGAAGCUCACGUCCGAGCACAGAUGGCCAAGAGACAGAAAGCUCACGAGGAGGCAAACGCGGCGAGGAAGCUCACGGCGGAGCAGCGGAAAGCCAAGAAGGUGAAAAAGCUCAAGGAAGAUGUUUCCCAGGGGGUUCACAUAGCUGUCUACAGGGUCCGAAACUUGAGCAAUCCAGCAAAAAAAUUCAAAAUCGAGGCGAACGCGGGGCAGCUUUACCUCACAGGCGUGGUGGUCCUGCACAAAGAUGUCAACGUGGUGGUGGUAGAAGGAGGCCCGAAAGCACAGAAGAAAUUCAAACGUCUUAUGCUCCAUCGAAUAAAGUGGGACGAGCAGACGUCAAACACGAAGGGAGAGGAUGAUGAUGAGUCUGAUGAGGAGUCCGUUAAGAAAACAAACAAAUGCUCUCUGGUUUGGGAGGGCACGGCGAAGGAGCGCAGCUUCGGCGAGAUGAAGUUCAAGCAGUGCCCCACGGAGAACAUGGCGCGGGAGCACUUCAAGAAGCACAGCGCCGAGCAUUACUGGGACCUGGCGCUCAGCGAGUCCGUGCUCGAGUCCACGGACUGAGCCCUGCAGGGCCCCGCGGCCCUUCCUGCCCCACAGCCCCCCUGAGCCAGACAGAUCCCCGCCCUCGCUCUCCUCAGCACACCCAUUAAAGACAUAUUUUUUAAAACAAA